AUAACUUUGAUUUAAAUAAAGUUUCGUAUUAUAAUUCUUGAGUUUGAUUCUGUUAACAUAACCUCAAACAUGUAACGUGUUAGUGUGAAAUGGCCACAUCAGAGCAUUUGGCUUCGUCAGAUUUUAUAAAAUCGGUGCAUAAAAAAUUACGAAAUAAUGCAAAAGCUUUGGGAGUUAACAAAGCUUGGCAGAAACAUUGUGAAGAUGAGGAAAAUCUAACUAAAUACGCCUUAGAAAUGCAAAAUCUUGCAACAAAUCACUGGGAGAAUACAAAAAACGUUAAAGCUGCUUCAAGAGUCGAGUGGGUGUAUAAUUUUUGCGAGAAAUAUUUUCUAGAGGAAAUUUUCAAACAUAGACAACGAGAGCUCGAGAUUGCUAGAAAACUCAAUUGGGAAGUGCCAGAUUUUGCAUUGGUUGUGAAAAAUCGGAAACUUGAACUAUUGGAUGUGGGGAGUUGUUAUAAUCCUUUUAAAAAAUACCCUUGUUUUAGUGUUACCCCAAUAGAUAUAGCUCCUGCCACUAGUGAUGUCUUUAAGUGUGAUUUUCUAAAUGUAAAUUUAACUUCAAAUCAUUGUGAAAACGAUUUGGAAAUAAUUGGACUAGAAAAAGAAUCGUUUGACGUAAUAGUUUUUAGUCUCUUAUUGGAAUAUUUGCCUUCACCAAUCCAAAGACACGCUUGUUGUGAAAAAGCUUACGAUUUAUUAAAACCAGAAGGCAUUUUAAUUAUUAUAACUCCCGACUCGAAACAUGUAGGGGCGAACGCCAAAAUUAUGAAAUCGUGGCGUUUUAUUUUAGCCAAAAUGGGUUUUUCACGUAUUAGAUAUGAAAAGUUAUUGUAUUUACAUUGUAUGGUGUUUAGAAAAAGUCUAAAACGUGAAAUAGCCCAACGUUGGGCCCACUUACAGAGUGGGAAACCUUAUUACGAGGAAAUUGUCAUCCCGCAGGAUUUCAACAAAUCUGAAGCAACUUCAGGUGUGACAAAUGAUGCUAUUAACAACUAUGAAGUGUCUUUAUUUGAUGAACUGCCCCAAAGUGUUGAAUAAAUUUUUAUUGUUUU